UCAUUCAGUUCUGUCAGUCGAAGCGGUCUCUUCAUUCAAUCGCUUUCAAUAUAAUACCCAUUGCUUCAUACUCUAGCUGUCUUUUGUGUUGCGCAAUUUAAAUUUACAUAGAUUCUCACGCCAUACGAAUAGUAAAUUAAAGUAGUUGGAAAUCUAAAUGCUCUGCACACAAUUGUUUUUAUUAAUCGAUAUGUGUUAGGGAAAGUGAAAAAAAAGAAACGAAUAGCUGGACUGGUCGUUUUCCACCAUUAAUCAAUUGAUUAAUUUGGUAAAAUAUGACAAACGUUGGUGCUGGUAAAAGUCCAUCGGUCAUAUGCAAGGAAGUAUUUGACGAAGGAUAUCAACCAUCGAACGAAGAAGUAAAAGAUUACGCACUGAGAAUCGGAAUCGACCCCAAAAGGGAAUCUCAUCUUUUGCCAAUUGCCAAGGAUGGACUUAUGCGUGCUUUGCCUCGAGAUUGGCAAAUUUGCUUCCACGAGCCACAAGUGAUCUAUUACAUCAACACGAAAACGAAAGAGCGACAGUGGGAACAUCCCCUGGAUGCUGAAUACAAGAAAUUAGUUGAACGAGCAAGACUUACGCAUCCAAACGCCGAUUUGUCGGAAGAAACUUCUUUACAGGACUCAGGAAUCAAAUCGUUACAAGGAACGGAGAAUUCGGAUAUUCUCACAGAUCAAUCGAUAAUCAAGGAAGUUAUGGAUAACCAGGGAAGUAAUGGAGGAAGUAGAUUUCUUGCUCCGAUCGAAAAGAAAGGACCAAUCCAAUUUGAAACCGUCCGGAACAAUCGAUUUGAAGUUACGAACUACGCAAACGCUGGAAUCGGGCAAAUAGAUUUGAAUAUCAAAACGGAAGAAUCGACAAGGCCGCUGAACUUAGUCGGAACUAAGAAAAUGGACAAAGAAAUGAAGCGAUUGACCCUGUCUGGCACUGGAUCAAUGUUUUUGAAAUCGAAUACAAAUAGGAAAGUUGACGACAAGAACAAUGCAAAUCCAAAAGAUUUCGAUUGGGGGAACAGUAACACUUACUCUGGCCAUGGCUAUGUCGGCGUUAAGGGGAUUCUUCGAGAUUCCAGUUUGACCGAUGUCCGGAACAAGAAUAUCGCACCUAGACCCAAUGACUUCGACAUAGAAGAUAGAAAAAGUGUUCGAUUCGAUCUGGAAAGGUCGACUCAAAUAGAGAAUCGAGAUUCAAGUGAAGAAGACUGUGAUGAAUGGGACUUCAUGGAAGGCGAUGGUGUUGAGUCUCAUGUGAAAGACGUUACUCUUACGUUGAACAAAGACUCAGCGUUCAAACCGACAUUACAAUCGCAACAUUCUUUGGAUGAAAUUAGAAAACCAGCUAAUCGUCUAGCGUCACUGGGUCGAACACUUAGUCAUGACGGAGGGGCUGAAAGUAAACCACUCCAUUUGUCGACUAUGUUCGAUCGUCAAAAGACUUCGCUGAUUAGGCCACUGUAUGAGGACACAGAUUCUGAGUCGGGCGGUGGAUCCGUUAUUGGUAUAUCUAAGAACACUUUGCUAAGUAGUCAGCAUAAGUUGAACGGAGACAUCGACGAGAUGUUGGAAAAAGACAAAUUGAAAUCUCAAAUGAAAGAGCGUCUCGAUAGGUUUAAAUCUAAUUUAUUUGACCAGGAGCAAGCUGAAGAGCGGACGAUGAUUGAGGCAUCGCAACAGCGACUGUCACAACAAAGGCAAGACAUAGACGGUCAAAAAAACUUGGAGAAAAUAACGUCCGAUUUGAAGUACGAGACCGAUCGAGAUGCCAUAGAAUUGGAACGAGCAAUGACUGAGAAGCGAUUGCAGGAAAUGAUGGCACAGGAGAAGGAAAAUUUGAAGAUAAAGUUCGAAACACAGCGCGCUAAACUGGAGCUAGACCAUCAGAACGAACUUUCCAAAUUAGCUGAAACGUUGCAGGAGCAGAUUCGUGAUUUGAAAAUAGAGCUCGAGUCUCAACAUAAUUUUGAGGUUGAAAAAUUUAGCCAACGCUUGAAGGACGAAUUUCAGUGUAAGACCAAGGAAAUUGGCAACGAACAUCGGAGUGCGGUCGAAAUUUUACAGAGAAAUCAUGCAGAAAUACUCCAAGAUCUCGAACGGGAUUUGAAGUCGGAAGAGGAAAUAGUCAAAAAAGAUCAUGCAACAAACUUAGCCCAACUGAAAGACAAACUGGCCCAUGAACUUGAAGUGGAAAGGCAACGAAUGCGUGAGUCCGGUGAAAGUCACCAGUUUGAGAAAAUGCGCUGCGAGAAACGGUUGUUGGAAGACAAAUACAGAUGCUUAAAAGAGAAGUACGUCAGACUCAAGGCCGAUGUUAAAAUAUCCUUGGAAAGGAGAAGUCGGCGUCGAGAUCACCAGAGUAUCACAACUGGAUCUGAGACUGAACGUUCGAAUUCGAACAAACAAUCGGCCGGAAGUAGUGAUGUUCGCAGCACUUCCAUUUCGGGACCGCAUUUGGGGCAAGGCAGACCGCCUACAGCUCCAUCUACACCUAAGCCACAAAUCAAGUCUCGGGAUAAAUUGCGAGACAAAUCUGUUGAGAGAGACUACAAAGAAAAGCAGUCAUUUGGUGCUGCGGCCAAAUACAUUUCACACAUUCAACAUUAUCACGACGACACAACAUCGAUUAGUCAAAGUGACACAACCGUUUCCAAUAAUCUGAAUCGUGUCCGUCAUCUUCCCGUUCAACCCACAGUGAGCGACAAUGGAAAUUCGGAGUCAGAAACGUUUACGAGAAACAAAGAGAACAAUAACGUGGCGAGAGAUAAUGAACGCGAAGCGCCUGGCAGACAACGAAAAAAGAUAUUUACCCGAGCCAAAUCUGCUUCGACGUCUCGAUUGAAUUCCAUGAAUCGGUCAGAGCCUCCUCGUCCUUGUACACCAGUUGAAAAUUUGAGGCGUCAACUUCAGAAACUCGAAGAUUUGGAGGACCAAUUUCCAGAUAAUACGCUUGAUACCACAUACCAUCUACGCUAUCCAUUCACUGAUGUCGGCAAAGAUCAUGCAGGUUCCAGUUCCGAGCUUGAAUUCUUCAAGCACCGCAUUCACUUGGAGAGAGACUCUGUGCGACGAGCCAAGGAUUCAUUGCGAACACAACGAACCAAUUUCCGAGCCAGACAACGCGAGAUCAAACAGAGACAUAAAAGCACCACCAGACACACUUUGGAUCAGUUGAUCCAGGAGGAAAAGGAACUGACUGAAAUGGAAGUGAAUUUGCAUCGAACCAGAGCGUUACUGGGCGAGAAAGUGAUACGUCUGCGGCACUUGGAACAAUCAUUGAAACGAGUAUACGAAAAAGAGAAAGCCAAAGAACUAUCAGCCGACGAUAGUAAGCCGCGUAAAGACGAUGCGACAAUUAGUGAUCUGUCUUCGCAUUCCAGUUCUGGAUUCAGUAGCACUGACUUUGCGAGUGACACCAACCAUGACAAUGUGAAUCGACAUAAAGAAAUGUAUCAGGAGUCGUCGGACAUUAUUCAGAGCUUGGAGCAUUUGAAUGCCGAAAUUAGGGAAAUUUGGGAAAUAUUAAGCAAACAGCAAGCCCAUGGUCUACCACCACCACCCUCAAUGCUAUAUUCAGAAAUCAAUUGGCCACACAUGUUGACCACCGGAACAACAUCGGUUACGCCACAAUCAGUCGUCCAUCAAACGCAGCCCAUUCCAACUCUAGCUGAUCGUUUGGAAACCUAUCGUCAAUUAGCAGCGAAUCGGAAUUCGCCCACUUCAGCCGUUCCUACUGUUAGUGGUUUGAUGUCAACAUUAGCCGCCAAUAUGAUUGUAUCCCAAUCGCCAGGUGGCUACACGACGAGCCUUGUCGAACGAACACAAGAUCUGCGAAAUUGGUUGCGAUUAGCGAAAAAUGAACAUGAGCUGCUCAGCAAUGGACAGCAGGCCAAUCUAUAAGCGAAGCAACCAAUCGCAUCGUGUCAAACAUUAUGACUUAAAACUCAUUUUCGUAAUUCUUUUUCUUUGUUAUUUUCUAUGCUAACUAAAUAGACAUGGACGGUUAAAUUCUAGCUGUCCGUGAAAUCAGAAACCAAUCAACAAUUUCUAAUGUUACAACUAAGAUUGAUAUUAAUUCGUGAAUUCCUUAUGGCUAAGAUUUCUAUUGCAAAACUUUAAAGCUUUUGUUCGGAAACGAAAUACUGAAAAAACGAAGACUGUCCAUAUAUCCAGGUGGUCCGAAUGAUGAACAGCCUAACUCUACAGGUCCUUCAUUCGAAAAAAUCAUCAUAUUCUCAACAAUUCUAUUUUUGAUGUUUCGAAAUGCACAUAUUAUACGCGGACAAUCCAAAUUCUAAGCCGAAAGCUUUGCCUUCUUUGCUUAACAUUUUUGCGAAUCGAUAACGAGCUUUUUUUUUUAAGUUACGAGCAUUUCUAUUUCUUUCUAGCGUAUACGGCAUUGGUUCUGAAAUUUUUCGAAUAUUUUCGAACUCUGUCGAUUUAAAAGCUUUAUUACUUCUACACUGCUAAACUCACUUGUGAGCUUUUGAUCAAAUAGCUAUGGAAACUAUUAAUACCUAAAAGCAGGGACUAUUUUAAGGAAAAAACUUUUUCUAACUUUUCCAAUUUUUCUGAGGUUUUCCCGAAAAUAUUUUUUGAGAAAAUCCAGGAAAAUUUGGAAAAAUAUGGGAAAACUGCAAAUAACAGAUUCCGAAGCAAGAUGAUCAAAAAACAUACAGAUGGUUCUCAAGUAUCACAAAAUGUUCGCUGUCCCAUCCGAUACAGUUAGAUUCAGAAAAAAUGAUGGAGGGGUUGAGACAUGCAUUUCUUUACAUUGGGGUCGGCCACAAAUGACUUAAUUCAAUUUCCUUGAUAAAAAAAGCAAUUCCAAGAUCCGCACAUGACGUAAUAAUUCGAUAGGAAGGAUAAGAAGCCAAUUGACAUUUUUGAAAACUAUGACUAGGCAACGCAACAGCAUUUGUGUAUCUUCAGAUAUCACAAUCGGACAGUUUGUCAUACAUUCGUUGAAAGACAAAGAUUCCAAGCAUGGCAACGAGGCCAUAUUCUGACCACUGAAGGUAAUGCACAUCUUCAACUGAUCACAAAAAAUACGAAACCCAAGUUUGAGGUGAAAGUGCAGCGUCUGCGUCAUAUUUCGUUUUGUGUCGUAUAGUGCUAAUGAUUUCAGUGAUGCAAAAAUUCUAUUUAAAAGUGGUAUACUGACGACCGACGUCAACCUGCGCUGCACUCGAAUUAACCCGAAAAUUGGUUGUUUUAUAUAUCCCUUGGUGUUGUCAGAAAAGCCUAUCGCAGCAAUGAAAAAUUGCUCGUGAAUUUUACCACUUUUAACGUAUUUGUAAAAUUUGCUGCAAAAUUCUAUGAGAAAGAGACUUCUCCCCUUUUAGUUUAUCACAAUACUUAUGCGCUUAAAGAACUAUUUCCCUUCGAAAUGCUGAACGCAAUAUUUUUAACGGUUUUAUGCUCGUAUGAUCACAUUUCUUUGUUGAAUCGAUAAAAGUUUUAUUUGUAAAGGAACAUUUUGUUAACACUUUGUUGCAUGGCCAAUAAUGCAUGCGACUGGAGAAAAAGAGUUGUGUUGGUAGAGAGCAAUGAACGACAGAGCGCCGAUUCGAUAUUGUCAAGCAUUCGGCGAAAUUAUAGACAAAGAAUGAGUUAUGUAAACAUAGAACAUUUAUAUAAGAUUUUGUGUGGACAUGUUAAUAGUUUAAGUACAGUGUGACUAAAAAAUUUGGAAACAUAAAUUUAAGAAUCGGAACAGGUCAGGUCAACCUGAAACCUGACGCGGAAACACUGAAAAAUGAUUCGACCUGAACCCGAUCUGAUAGAUUUUGACCUGACCUGAUUUGACAUGAACUUGAAAAUCGGAAACCUGACAUGACCUGUGAACUUAUCUUGACCUGCCCAUGACCUGGUCUGACCUGUUUUACCAACUUUUACCACAACUUUUGACAAACUUGUAACUUUGAAUGUACAAAGCCCGUGUCCUCGCCACCUUACGGAAAUGAAAUCCGAACUACGAAACCCCAUUUUUCGACUUUUGGCCACUUACA